AUGGUAUUGAGAAAAUCAACAAUAUAUCGAUAUAAAAUUGAAAGACUUGCAUACUUAUUCAUGGAAAAUGACGCAUUUCCUCCAUCAAAAAAGAAAUCAUUUAAAAAGUUAUUUGUUAGAUUUGUAGAACAAAUACUUCAUGAUGUUGUUAAUAAAAAAGAUGAAGUUAAAGAGAAAUUACUUAUUGGCACAGUUAUUCAAACAUUCUCAAAAUAUACAGCCAAAUUAAAAUGGAAACGUUUUUCAAUUAAAAAAUUUGGAAGUCUUUCUACAGGACUUGAGUUACGAAAUUGUUUUUUAGCGUGUUAUAGAAGAUUAUUAAAUUUAAGAGUUUCAUCAAGAGUUAUUGAUCAAGUUAUAAGAACUCUUCAUUCAUUCAGAAGUAAUUGUACUCAAGAAGUUUUUACUACAAAUAAAGAUGAAUUUCAUCCAUUUUUCUUAACUGAAAAAUAUACGAUUUCAUAUAUUAGUUAUCUUUAUAAAAAUCGUCAAUACUUUAAGAUUAUUCAAAAAGCAAAUGCCUUUCCUGAAUUAGAUAUUUUAAAUAAUAGUUGUUAUUUUAAUGGUUAUAUGGCACAAGCUGCUUAUCAAUAUUUUCUUAAGGAACCACAAAAAAAUAGUAAUUAUGUUGAUCUUUCUAUUAAUUAUUUUAAUAAAGCUAUUUCUUGUUCAGGAGGUUCUCCUUAUUAUAUUUUUCAAUUUAUUUCUUUUCUUAGAGGUGAAGGUGAAGAAGAUACAAUUAUUGAAGAAUAUCAAAAAGCUCUUUCUAAAAAAAAUUUUAGGUUAAUGUUAUUAUCUUUAAUUGAACACGAACCAAACAAAGAUGACAUUAUUCAAGACUUAUCUUCUUUUAUGGAAAAUUAUCUUUCUCAAUACCCUUAUGAUCAUAUUGGUAAAAAAGUAAUAAAAUCUGAUUAUACGACAUCAUCACCAACUCUUACUCUUCAAGUUUUUGUUGCUAGGUUUGAAUUUCCUUAUUCAGAAGAUGACUAUUAUGAUUUAUGGUGUGACUUUAAAAAUUAUCUUGAAAACAAUCAAAUCCCAGACAUAUUAACAACUCACCCUUUCUCUAAUACUAUGUGGAAAAGAAGACAUUUCCCUUUAUUUUCUCAUAUUGUUCAAACAAUGAAUCCACGGUUAGUUGAAAUAAAAAAGCUGUCUUCAAAUUAUAUAUAA